CUUCAUUGCUAGUAGUGAGAGUUGUAAUGCAGACAUCAAAACUAGUUACACAUCCGCUGUUGAUUAGACCAGAGGCUCUUUCACCGCAAUUAAAUCACGUCGGGAGACUGUCGAGAGAAAAGAACAAAGGCCAGGUCAACCUAAUCAAUACCUGGAGAUAUUUUUCAUUGUGCGGUCCUUUGGAAUCGGAGCAAACACAUUAUCUUUGGAGAGCGGGUUAAGUGAGUAGUCUAGAAAUACUGAUACAAGUUGUUUUUGCGUAAAUGUCAUCAUGGCGCUGGGCUGCUCCUCUUUCUCCAUAAACGACAUCCUCACUCAGGGACGUGACGCACGAGACGACGUUACCACUUCACGGGAUCUGACAGAAUUAUGCGCGUUUAAACUGAGCACCCUAAACCCGGACCGGAAACCCGGGAGAAGAGAGAGGGGCUUAAGGGGUCCUGUUUCCUCAAAGUCGGUCUGCAGUGAGGAGCAUUAUGGGGAUGAAAGGGAGAUGAAACACAGCAGACAAGAAAGUAUUCGUUCCUCACCGGAUUCGGGCGACAUCGUGAACCCCAUGUUCGAGUCUAGUAGUGAAGAAUCGACUGGAGAGGAAGCGGGAUGCAUGGCAUGUAGUGAAGACAUGAACAACAAACAACUAAGGGAGGAAGAGGAGAAUGGGGAGGACGGGGACAGCACUGUUGAUCAACCAACAUCUGGUAACAAGAAGCGCUCCCGUGCGGCCUUCUCCCACGCACAGGUCUACGAGCUUGAGCGUCGGUUCAGCUUGCAGCGCUACCUGUCUGGUCCUGAACGGGCGGACCUGGCUGGCACUCUGAAGCUUACGGAAACCCAGGUGAAAAUAUGGUUCCAGAACCGGAGAUACAAGACAAAACGGCGGCAAAUGGCGUCGGAACUAGCUGCCUGUAUCUCUACACCAACAACACUGGCUAAGAAAGUGGCUGUGAAGGUCCUGGUUCGAGAUGAUCAGAGACAAUACAAGGAUGACGAUCUACCCAGCCCGCCUGCCCUGCCUCUCUACCCGACCUACCAAUAUGGAUACUACCCCUACAUGUACUGCUUUCAGCCGUGGAUCUCUAGCAAUGCGCUUUGUGGUGGGAUGCACUGACAAAACGUAGCUUUCUCAAAUAUUGACGUUAAUUUGUUUCAUGGAUUUUAAAAACACCAAAGACACACCAGAGUUUUUCUACCGGUGUUUAUGUGUAGGCCCAAAUACAUUCUUUGUGCUCUCUUGGAGAGUGGGGCUCUUUCAACAUACAGAGGGCUUUCUGAUGCUGUAUACCUGCGAAUCAAAUGGGCCUAUCAAUAAUGGACUGACAACGUUGAUGGAUGGGCCAGAAGCAACGUUUAGUAGUAAUAAAUAAGGUACAAGGCCUAGAUAAGUAUUAUGCAGGAAUGUGCAUCCUGUUAACUUAUGUGUAGUUAUAACUCAAUAAAGCUUUAAAACAAUGUGAGAUUAA